AAGUUUCGUAUGCACGCAAAGAUUUUAUGUGGGUGGCCCUACAACAGAAAAUUCUAAACUUGUUUAAAACUCUAACUUGGCAUUACUGGUUAAUCAUCCAAACACUUAGUAACGAGAAUAUAACAUGUGUGUUAUUGUCUAUAAAUAAUUGCUGGUUCGCAACGUUGACAGAACACGAAAUCAAACAAAAAGUUAAGUUACUAAACAAACGUAUUGAAUAUAAUGAAUUCGUGAAAAAUACUUUAUUGAACAGUGAUUUAGAGCAGGCGUCUAUAGAAGAGUUAGCAGAAGCAAACAUAAGUGAUGGAUUAAGUAAACGCUUAUUGAAAUUAAAAUAUCGUGUAGAAGAAUUACCAUUUAAAUUUGAAUGGUCUUUAACCCAAGCAUGCACAGAAGAAUUUCACCAUAAUUUUUUCAUACCUCUGCUUCUAACUGCUAACGCUUGUAAACAGCAAAUGCAGGAGCUAAAGUCAAUAAUAAAGAAAAAAGAUGAAGAAAUAAAACAAUAUCGCAGAGAAGGUUUUAUUUUGCAUAGGACUACGGUUAUCACCAGACCGUUUGAUGCUGAUGAAUUUGAUAAUAAAUGUAUCGAUCAUAAGUUUAUGUACAAUUUUGAAGAUAUGUCCAAAUGUGUAUUAGCAUUCCAAGAAACUGAUAAGCUAAGUAAAGCCUCAUCGAGAGCAGUAAUGCCGUUAAGUGAAGUAAAAAACGAUGUAAAAUUGCCACCAAAAAGAAGUAAAAGCCUGACAAAAGGUCCCAAACAGAGAAAACGUCGAGCCCAGGAAACGAAACAAGAAAAAUUGAAAAAGAUUUUACGACCUGCCAGAAAAAUUAUGCAAUACGAAAGUCAAAGCAGUCAAAAUUUACUUAACUCUUUAGCAGUUUCGGAAAACUCUGAAACGAAUCAGACAGAAACUUUGGCAUGCUCAAAAUUUAAUAAAGUGGAUUGGGUCCCAAGGAGAAUAACGGAGAGACGAAUAACGCGCAGUACUUCGCGUAUUUUGGAGGAACUUGGAACAGAAGCUGAAAAUAGCUCUUCUAAAAAUGUUACAAACAACAAGCAAUCAAUUACUCAUCUAAAUGAAAUUCCAACAACGUCGGGAACAUUAUCGGGAAGCCAGCGCGCAAUAUCAUCGAAUCUUAUAUAUAGUCCAAAACGAGAAGCGAAGACACCAAUUAAGGAUUUUGAAAAUUGUUCCAGAAGCGUUUUCGAUUUCUCAACAGAUUCCGAUAAUGAAGCUGAAAUAACAGUAAAACGGAAGAAACCCAAAGGAAAACGAAGCUUAAUAAAAAAAUCAGGUAAUUCUCGUCAAGAAAUUUCUGAGCGUAUUGAGAACUCUAUCAGUAAUUCUGGUAAGUGUAGUAAUGACGUCUCAUCACAAUUAGAAACAAUUAAGAAGGAAUUGCAAGAAUUGGAGAUUUUACGCUUGGCGGAUUUAAAACAACGUCAACGACAAAUUUAAUGAUUUAUUAUCAAAAACCUUUUGUAAAUUUAUUUAUAAAUCUUUUAAUGUAAAUCAACUUCUAAAUGCUAAGGAAAUUAUAGAAAGCAUCAGAGAAAUUUACAAAUAAAUUGCUUGUAAAAGGAAAGUUGUUGUUAUAUAAUUAUCUUAGCGCAAUAACCAAAAGCGUCAGGCGAUAUGUUGCUUUCAAAAAUUUUUUAAUCUUUGGAGAAUAAUAUUGUUUAACCAAAUGUUUUGUACUCAAUUGUUCUAUACAUUUGAAGUUUAAUCAUAUUUUACCAGUUUAAUGGAAUUGACAUAGAUUUAAGUAACUAGAACAGUGUCAAAAUUAUUUAAUUUGACCUUUUUGAUUGGGUAAUUUCACCCGAAAUAUUAAUUCAUAGAAAUGAAACAUAAAUGGGAUGCUUAUACAAUUGUAGUAGAAACUAAAGAAUAUAAUAAGUGUAAGCUAUUUACAAAAAUAAACAAAUUCAUAUAAACCAUAGAUAUUUUUGCAUACUUAAAAAAAUUACU